AUGGAAUACGACUACGACCUGGGCGACUACCACCGCGAAGUGACCACCUCGAACCAAGACGUUCAGCCCUGGUUUACCCGCGGUCUGAUCUGGGCCUAUGCAUUCAACCAUGAAGAAUCCGUCCGAUGUUUCGAGAAGGUCGUCGCCCUCGACCCGGCCUGUGCCAUGGGCUACUGGGGUAUUGCCUUCGCCCUGGGCCCAAACUACAACAAGCCCUGGGAGUCGAUGCACGGAGAGGAGCUAAGGGCAACCACGCAGCGUGCGUAUAGCGCUAUAUCGGAAGCUAAGAAAUACCUGUCUGAAAUAACGGAGUUGGAGGUCGCGCUGAUCAACGCGCUUUCAACCCGGCAUCCACAGGCAGAGCCUGGAAUUUUUGAUAUUUGGAAUAAAGACUACGUAUUGGAUAUGAUGAGCCUUCGUUCCAAGUACCCCAAGGAUCUCGAUAUCGCGGCACUCUACUGUGACGCGAUGAUGAAUGUCACGCCGUGGAAGCUGUGGGAUUUGAAAACCGGGGACCCCACGCGGAUGGCAAAACACCUCCUAGUGAAUGAGGAGAUGACGAGGGUGUUGCAACUCGAGGGAGCGGAUGAUCAUCCAGGAAUCUUGCAUCUCUACAUUCAUCUCAUGGAGAUGUCUCCGACGCCGGAAAUGGCCCUCCCGACCGCAAAUCGUCUACGGGAUCUUGUACCCGAUGCCGGUCAUCUCCAACACAUGCCUAGUCAUAUUGAUAUAUUGAACGGUGACUAUCGACGCGCCAUCUCGGCGAACAAUGCAGCCAUACGUGCCGACGAGAAGUUCCUUGCAAAUCACCCGACUGAUCAUUUCUAUAAUCUCUAUCGUGCACACGACUAUCAUUUCAAAAUGUAUGCUGCUAUGCUCAGCGGUAAGUCAAAGGUCACACUCGAAACGGGCGCUAAGCUUGCGGAGGGAAUAACCGAGGAACUGUUACGUGUCGAGUCACCGCCUAUGGCAGACUGGUUGGAAGGGUUCAUUGCCAUGCAGAUGCACGGGUUCAUCCGGUUCGGCCGAUGGGAGGAAAUCAUCGCCCUAGAACUACCCUCCGAUCCGGCCUUAUACUGCGUCACGACGGCAAUGAUGCACUACGCGAAAGGCGUGGCAUUCGCAGCCACGGAACGGGUCCCGGAGGCAGAGUCAGAACGAGCCUUGUUCCAUGAAUCCGUGAAGCGGAUUCCCGCCUCGCGAACCAUCUUCAACAAUAAAUGUACCGACAUUCUCAACGUCGGGUCCGCAAUGCUCGAUGGUGAAAUCGCCUAUCGUCGCGGCGAAUACGAUGCUGCGUUUACUCAUCUCCGUGAAGCUGCUCGGCGAGACGAUACGUUGCCUUAUGAUGAGCCUUGGGGCUGGAUGCAGCCGGCAAGGCAUGCGCUUGGAGCUCUGUUACUCGAGCAAGAUCGCGUCGAGGAGGCUCUGGAUGUUUAUGCGGCUGAUCUUGGCAUUGACUCGACUCUGCCUCGGGCUUUGAGACAUUAUAAUAACGUCUGGGCUUCGCAUGGAUAUAACGAAUGCUUGGUCAAACUUGGCAAGAAGCUUGAGACAUGGAGAUUUGCGUCACAGUUGAAAACGGCGCUGUCCAUAGCUGAUAUUCCUAUUAAGUCUUCUUGCUUUUGUCGGAAGACGACAUGA